GUCGAGGUCGGCGCUGUCGGUGUUCAAGGCCAAGGAGGAGCAGAUUGAGAGGAGGAAGAUGGAGGUCCGGGAGAAGGUGUUCGCGCACCUCGGCCGCGUCGAGGAGGAGUCCAAGCGCCUCACCUUCAUCAGGCAGUUUUCCUUGUUAGGAGCUGGAAGGGAUGGCGGAUCCAACGCGGAAGGAGGUGGAAUCGAUACGGAAGAGGAUAGACACGGUGAACCGUCAGCUCAAGCCUCUCGGCAAGAGCUGCGUCAAGAAGGAGAAGGAAUACAAAGAGAUCCUGGAGGCGUACAACGAGAAGAGCAAAGAGAAAGCGUUGCUAGUCAACAGGCUAAUAGAGCUGGUGAGCGAAAGCGAGAGGAUGCGGAUGAAGAAGCUGGAAGAGCUCAACAAGACAGUCGACUCACUCUACUAGACGCCAAUUGAUGUUUGCUUCGAGAACUUGAUUGCUCUCCUGUAACCUCUGCGCCAUGGAUUCGUGACAUGUUCAAGUUGUUGCUUGUAGCUGAUGAUUUCACGUGUGAUUUUUUUUUCAUUUAUUUUCUUUUCGUUGGUUUAUUAUUGGGUCUUGUUGCACUGUCGCUGUCGAGUAAAACUGAGAUGAUGGAACAAGGCUGAAAAAGGGAAGGAUGGUGUGUGUGUGGACACUAGGGCUAGUGUUUAUUCAGUGCUGUUCUCCCGUUCCUUUUGUGUUGUCGGUGUAACGCAAACAACACCUCCGUUACUGACUUACUGUUGUUGUUAA